UUGCUGCCAUGGAUUGACGCUAAAUGUAGGGGCGAGUAUAAGCACGCUACCAAUACUAGAUUAAUACAAACAUCCGCUACCAAUCGUGGUAGGAGUGACUGAACAGGAAAAUUUAGUAGUCUAGAAGGCCGAACUGACGCCGGACGCUUGUACCGUUACACUCCAGAUAUGACUGGUAUUGUGGAUAAUUACAAGUUUGAGCACCUGAUCAUAGAGGGCAAAACAAAGCAGGUAUGGGACCUACCAGCAAUGCCAGGCCAUGUUCUGGUGUUGAGCAAAGACCGUAUUACUGCAGGAGAUGGCAUCAAAGCACAUGAUCUGGAGGGCAAGGCUGCUAUCUCUAAUCAAACUAAUGGAAGGGUGUUUGAAAUUCUCAGUUCUGUUGGGCUCAAAACUGCAUAUGUGAAAUCUGCUGGAGAGAAAUCCUUUAUAGCAAGAAAAUGUGAGAUGGUUCCUAUUGAGUGGGUGACACGCCGCUUAGCAACAGGGUCCUUCCUGAAGAGGCACCCAGGAGUGCCUGAAGGUUUUCGCUUCAGUCCUCCUCUACAGGAAACAUUUUACAAAGAUGAUGCAAACCAUGACCCACAGUGGUCAGAGGAGCAGAUUGUGUCAGCGCAGUUCAAGGUGAAUGGGCUUACAAUUGGGCAGGAUGAGGUGGACAUCAUGCGACGGACCACUGUGGUCGUGUUUGAAGUGCUAGAGAAAGCAUGGGCAACAAGGAAUUGUGCCCUUAUUGACAUGAAAAUUGAGUUUGGAGUAGACUCAAAAGGCGAGAUCUUGGUGGCUGAUGUUAUUGACAGUGAUUCAUGGCGCCUUUGGCCUUCAGGAGACAAGAGGCUUAUGAAAGAUAAACAGGUGUACCGUAAUCUCAGCACUGUCACCAAGGAAGAUUUGGACACUGUGAAGUGUAACUUUAAAUGGGUCGCUGACCAACUUGGUCACCUAACUCUGGAUACAAGCUGUCUUGUUGUAGUGCUGAUGGGCUCACCAUCAGAUGAAGACUACUGUAAAAAAAUUGCCAAACACUGCAAAGAACUUGGUUUGAUUUGCCAAUUACGGGUGACAUCUGCUCAUAAGGGAACAGAGGAGACUCUCCAAAUAUUGGCAGAAUAUGAAGGUUCUAUUGAGAAAGUAGUACUGAUAGCAGUUGCUGGAAGAAGCAAUGGACUUGGACCUGUUCUGUCUGGAAAUGCCUGCUUUCCAGUUAUCAAUUGUCCCCCAGUCAAGCCAGAUAAUGUGGCUCAAGACAUAUGGUCCUCUCUAAAUAUACCAUCAGGGUUGGGGUGUACAACUGUUGUGUACCCAGAAUCAGCAGCACUUGCAGCAGCUCAGAUCCACGCCCUUCAUGAUCACAUCAUUUGGGCUAAACUUCGGGUGAAGCAGCUCAACAACUUCAUCUCUCUCAAGGUGGCUGAUAAAAUGAUCCGAAACAUGUCUGUAUAAAUGAACAUGUUCAUUUGGUAUUUGGUUGUAGCAUGUACAUUACUUCCAGAUAGUACAAAAGCGAAAGAACAUAAUCAUAGGUUCGAAUCCAUGUUAUUAUUAUACAAAGAAUUAUUUUCUAUGUUGUAUUUUCUAAAAAUAUAUAACCAUACAUCAUUGCGAGGUCCUACUGCAAGUGGCACUAGUGGUUAUCCCACCUCAAAAGUUUGUACAUCCACCAUGUUGGUAUUACCAAUUGUAAAACGCUGAAAAGCACAAUUUUAGGCUACUCUUGAAUGGCAUAACAUCCAUACCAAAUUUCAUUGAAAUCUGUCCAGUGGUUCUUGAGUUGAAUCAUACAGAAUACAACUAGCUGAUGUCAGUUCAAACUAAUUCCAGAUACUCCUAAAUGUUGUAACUAGCAACUUCAAUAUUGGCAUUACUGAAUAAGGCAUGAUGGAACCAAACUGAAUGCAGCUAAUGCACUGCAUGGAAAGUACAAUGAAUAACACAAUAUCAGUGCAUGUAGCAGUUAUCACUUCUACAAGUUACUCCACAUGUUUCUCAGGGAAAUCUUUAACUGUCGGAGACACUGUCAGAAUCUGUCUCAAUAUUUCUAAUGCUAUCAUUAGUAACCUUUAUUUGUUUUUCUACAAGUCUUGACAUCUCAUGUGUCACACUCCUUGAUGCAGUUGCUUCCAUCAAUGUUCCCAAAAUUCUAGCAUCACCAUCAGGUAGAUCAGACAUCCAUGAAGGGCCUGCUAUUGGUUCAGGCUCAGGCCUUGUGGUCGCCUGUUUCUUCUCAGUACUAUGCAAUGGAGGAAAUUCUUCUACCUCAAACAUAAGGUUGAUUGAAGAGUUGUCAUGAACAUGUUUGGAUCCAUUUUCCUGACUUUUAUUUUUAGAAUUCCCACCAAUAUCCUCUGGAUCCAAGCCAGAAUCAUCUUCAGCAUUACAUUUUGCAUUAAUAUUCUCACCUAAAUCUCUUCUCCUUAAAAAUACUCUUGACAUGUGUAGUGCUUUACGAGUCUUAUAAACAUAAUGAAGGUUAUGUUCUGGAAUGCUUGUAAAAACAGGAUCACCUCCAGGGGGUACUGGAUCCUCUUCAAAGAAAAGAGCUGUCCCCACAGUGUCACGAUAUUCCCCUGCAAAUGUCUGAAAAAGAUGUACAGGGACUGAAUAUUGAUGCACACUAUACUACUGCUAACAUUUAAUUUGCUGUCCACCAUAAAGUCCUCAGAAUGUAACAAUAUUAAAAUUAAUAAUAUUUGGUAUCUUUAAAAUAUCAUUUCCAUCUAUAUCUUAAUUCUGCUUUGCUCAGCCUCAGUCCCCAUAGUUGGAUCAAAUCCAGACUAAAACAAGAUGCCUCCUAAACACAACAAAUAAGUGGAAAUGCUACAUCCAAGAGUGAGGCAUCAUUCUGUGCUCCUUGAUGCUGCUGAUGUUGCAUUUAUGUUGGAUAUUUUCUUUAAUUAUUUUGUAACAUAUAUGGGCAGUGUCAUGACCAAUAUCAAGAAAUCUUCCAUAUUUGACCAUUUUCUUCAUACUGUUUAUCAGUACACAUGGACAGAGCCUGAAGGUUCAUACAUACACUAUUAAUAACAAACUUGGAAUCAAUUUUGUAACAGAAUAAUUAAACUCUCUUCUCUAUAAAAAUGUAAUAACAUCCUCUUCUCGCAAAAUUCUAUAUAAUUUCUUGUUUCCUCUUCCAAACUAUGUAUCUAACACUUUGUAAUCUCUUGAAUUCAUUAACCUGGCAAUACUAGAAAGGAUUAAUUUGACAAAGGUGUAGAAGAAGAAAAAGUAUUCAACUCAGACAUAUAUAAUACUAAAUAAGUUACACAAGUUAUUUAAUAUAUAAUACAAAAUGGAGUAGUAAUUGCAAUAGAACAUGUUCUCUUAAGUCUAUAGUAACAAAAGUCACAUUGUUAAAUAAUUAAUUGACCCAAUAAACCCAAACCAGGAAACAACACUGAGGGGCCCUGGAACAUGGCAACGUGGGAAAUUAAAGACUAUUGUACACUUUACCCAUUACCAGAACUCAUCUUGGCAAUUUGACAGUCUCAUGUUUAUAUAAUUAUCAAAAUCUUGCCUACUAUAACUAUGUAAGAAAUUUAACUUUCAUAAAUCUAUAUGUAUA